AUGACCUUCCUUAUCUGUUCUUCCCUAUGUGCACUGUCCUUGGCUGCGACAGUGUAUGCAUCGCCGCUCUCUACCUCUUCCCAGCAUGAUUCCUCCUUCCGCUCUCCCCUAAGUCUCGCCCCCCUUAUUGAUGAGUUCCAUGUUCACGGUUCCAUCAAUGACUCGUACAUUGUCAUGCUCAAGGAUAGCGUUGAUCCGCCGAGGUUGCAGAACCACCUCAACUUCCUCCAGAUGACCCACGAGUCAGACUCUUUAGUCGCCGAAUUCUCUGGCCUUCGACAGGUGUACGACGGGCAUAUCAAGGGCUACGCAGGCCAUUUCUCGUCUAACGUCAUCGACCAGCUGCGGAGGGCGCCCGAGGUUGACUUCAUCGAGAAGGACCAGAUAGUGAAGACAUUGGAGAUCGACACCGUCGGCACAUCCAGCGUUCAGAGGGGUGCACCUUGGGGUCUCGCUCGUAUCAGCCACCGCCCAAGGCUCACUUUCGGCACUUUCACGAAAUAUGAAUAUGACCCGAGUGGCGGCGAGGGCGUUGACGUCUACGUCAUCGACACUGGUAUCAACUAUCAUCACGAUGGUAACGGUCAUGGUUCUCACUGCGCGGGUACCAUCGCUGGAAAGACGUAUGGUGUUGCCAAGCAGGCCAACGUCAUCGCCGUCAAGGUCUUGGCCGGUGAAGCUGUCCAGAAGGCGAAAGCCGCCGAAGCUGAAUACAAGGCAACUGGCAAGACAUCUCCACAAAGUCUUGGUGGAGGAAAGUCGCCUUCUUUGGAUGCCGCGGUAAACAAGGCUGUCGAUCUUGGUCUUCACUUUGCUGUUGCUGCCGGAAACGACAACAAGGACGCUUGCAACUACUCCCCCGCAUCUGCUGAGAAGGCAGUGACUGUCGGUGCUUCGACUCUCUCCGAUGACAGGGCGUACUUCUCCAACCACGGAAAGUGUGUUGAUGUUUUCGCUCCUGGCCUUAACAUCAAGUCGACGUACAAGGGCUCUGAUACCGCUGUUGCCACGCUAUCUGGCACUUCCAUGGCCUCUCCCCAUACUUUUGACCCUGAACUCAAGUUUGACUUCGUUCCCGCCGAUCUCCAAUCCCAGAGUCACUUCUCCUCGUCCGUCUACACCAUCAUGCACUCUGCUGUCCCUGAAUGGGUUGCUAACUUCCUCCCUUCGCCCAAGAUCCCCAAGUCUUUGACGCCCAAGCAGUUGAAGGCCGCCGUCCUUGACCUCGCUUCAAGCGGUAUGCUCGAGGAUAUUCCAGGGGCUGACUCCCAACUUAGGACGUUACGAUGA